AAAUCUCUUCCCGUAAUGGAUUUCUAUAAAUUGAUGCUAUUUAUAGUUUUAUUGCAUUCUUCUAAACCUACGACAGGGUAUUCGAUGCCAGACCUUGUAAUCAAUUUUUUGAUUUCUAGCUAUGAAACGUUGCGAUGUCCUUUAGGUGACUGCUGCAACAAUUACUGGAUUCCAAAUAACACUACAAAACUACAAGUAUUAUUGAAACAAGAUGUUUUUGGUCAACAUAUUGCAACUGAGGUUGUAUCCCGUCAGAUAGAAGCCCACUUGUCCAAUCCUAGUCCUUCAAAGCCUCUAGUAUUAAGUUUCCAUGGUUGGACAGGAAACGGGAAGAAUCAUUUUACGUACUUAAUAGCCAAGAGCCUGUACCUGAAGGAAACAAAAAGUCAGUUCUAUCAUCACUUCAUAUCCACAGUACACUUUCCUCAUCAGCACAGUGCACUACUAUAUCAGGAUCAAAUUCGAUCAUGGGUGAGGGGCAAUGUCAGCAUAUGUCCCCAAUCGCUUUUUGUUUUUGAUGAAGUAGACAAGAUGCCGUCAGGAGUGUUGGAUGGUAUCAAAGCUUAUUUGGAUUAUGUUGACAGAGUGGAUGGUGUUGACUACAGGAAAUCCAUAUUUAUUUUCCUGAGCAAUACUGGAGGGAAAGAAAUUACUAAAAUAGUACAUAACAUUUGGUUGAAAGGGAACAUCAAACGCGAGGAAUUGACAGUACGAGAUUUUGAACGACUCGUUGAGCUGGGAGCUUUCAACGAAGAAGGUGGUGGAUUGCACCAAAGUCGUCUGAUUGAAAAACAUUUAAUAGACGUCUUUGUUCCUUUUCUGCCCAUGGAAAAAAUGCAUGUUCGACUGUGCGCGGAAAAUGAAUUUAAGAAACAGAAAUAUUUCCUAAGAAACAAAGAAGCAGCUUUACAGAAAAUUGUUGACGGGCUUCAUUAUUAUCCGGAAGAUAAAGAACUCUACUCGACGACAGGCUGUAAACGAGUAGCACAAAGAGUCAGUUUGUACAUUGCUGACGAACGUUUCAGCAAUCGUGCACAUGAAAGACGCCACCAUGAUAGUAGCGAGCUCUAAAUUUUUUCACGACCCAUUAAGAUGUUUUAAGGAUGGGAGAAUUGUACCCCUCGUUGGAACAUUAACUGUGAUAAACCUGUCA